AUGACUGUGAACAUCGUUGCGCGCAUUUCCAACUUACCAACCAGUAUUACGGACGCUCACUUGCGGGAGCUAAUUGAACCGUUUGCACGAGUGAGGUGUAUUAUUAUGCCCAAGUCUGCUCUUUGGCAGACGUGUCCCACGGGGCGCGCGGAAGUUGUGGGUGCCACGACUGAUGACACUAUAUUGGUAUACGUCCAUCUCCACGGAUCUAUCAUUGAUGGUAAUCGAGUAAACGUAUCAUUUGGGAAAGUAGCCAAAUGUGUUCAACCGACUUCUUCAUCACGCUUCGCGGGAGAACGGCGGGAGAGGACGUCACGCCGCACGCGUAGUGAAAGCAGGGGGGCGCGGAAAAGACCGAAGAGGGGCGAUCGUAGUGGGGAAUAUUGCAGUAGGGGGCAUGGGAAGCGGCAGACAGUGAGGCGGUCACCUACUCCACGGAAAACGAGGCGCUACUCUACAUCUCCUUCGAGCAGAAGCUCCUCUUCCGGACGGGACUCGUGGUCAAGCGACAGAAGCCGAAGCCGAAGCCGCUCCCCGUACCCAAGUUGGAGCUAA